AUGGUGAAAGAGGGAAUUGUCUUGGAACACAAAGUAACUGCUCAUGGAAUUGAAGUCGAUAGAGCUAAGGUCGAGGUUAUUGCUAGGGUCCCUCCCCCAAAUUCGGUGAAGAGCAUAAGAAGUUUCUUGGGACAUGUUGGGUUUUAUAAGCGGUUCAUCAAAAACUUUUCCAGCAUUACCAAGCCAUUGACAACAUUGCUAGUGAAAGAUGCCAAGUUGUUUUUCAAUGUGGAGUGCUUAAGAGCAUUCGAAUUGAUAAAGGAAAAGCUUGUGAGUGCUCCUAUUAUGGUGACACAUAAUUGGAGCCAGCCUUUUGAGAUAAUGUGUGAUGCAAGUGAUGUAGUUGUGGGAGCAGUUCUGGGGCAACGAAGAGAUAAAAUGUUUAGGCCCAUAUACUAUGCAAACAGGAUAUUGAAUGAUGCUCAAGUCAAUAAUGCCACUACUGAGAAGGAAUGGUGUGAUCGAAGAUGUGUACCUGAAGAGGAAAUGAUAAGCAUUCUGUCUCAUUUCCAUGAUGGAGCAGCUGGAGAACACUAUGGUGGAAAUCGCACUGCAACAAAGGUCAUGGAAGCCGGUUUCUUUUGGCCUACUCUAUACAAAUAUGCAAGGGCAUAUGUAGCUGCAUGUGACAAGUGUCAGAGAGCAGGUAAUAUUAGCAAGAGGGAUGAAGUGCCUCUCAACUCCAUUCUGGUAUGUGGAAUUUUUGAUGUUUGGGGCAUUGACUUUAUGGGUCAGUUCCCAAUGUCUCAUUCUCAUGAGUAUAUCCUAGUAGCCAUUGACUACGUCUCUAAAUGGGUCGAAGCAAUUCCUACUAGAACCAAUGAUGCUCGUGUGGUGUGUGAGUUUUUGCGGAAAAACAUCUUUACCCAUUUUGGGACACCUCGAGCGAUUAUCAGUGACAAUGGGUCACACUUUGUGAAUAAGCAGUUUGCUGCACUGUUGUCCAAGUUGGAACAGAUGAAUGAAUUGGAAGAGUUCAGACUGGACGCAUAUGAAAGUGCGCGAAUUUUCAAGGAAAAGACUAAAAGGUGGCAUGAUAGUCUGAUUAAGCCAAAGGAGUUUCAUGAAGGGGACAUAGUCUUACUCAAUCCUCGAGCAUCAAAAUCAAUUGAGGAUGCCCGGUUGAGUCAAGGUGACGACUAUAACUGA